CUGCGAGAGUGCGAGGGAGGAUGAGUCCAAGAUAGGAUUGUUAAGACCCCAGGGAGGGACAGAGCAAUCCAAAGCAAAAAGGCAGAGACUUUGAUAUCAGAAGCUAUUGGAAAGAGAAGAAGAAGGGUUCCCGAAUACUGUGGGUGUUUCUGAGGAAUGGCAGAGCUUUGCUUGGUGGCUUCACAUGGCUCCCAUCCCGGGCUAUUUGUCCAUCCAACUGAACAAGGAUGCUUAGGCAGGGUCUUUAAGCUCAAAUUCAACUCACUGAGCUCCCUUCCCAGUGCUGGACUUGAUUACUAGUUUCAACAUGUUCAACAUUUUUGGUUUAUUGUAGGUUGCUACGCUGUUAGUUGUCAAGUGGAUAAGAGGGUUAUCAACCUUUCCUGACAAACACUGGAUCCUAUCAGGGUUCUUUGCAGCCAUGGUAUGACAAACCAAGGCUGUGUUGGACAGAGGAUCAAUCAAAACCAUCGACUGGCAUGUUGGACAGUAAUGAAUACUUCAGGGCUGACUCAACUCCUCGAAGACCUCUACUCAUUGAUGUUCAAGACCUUCCUGCCAACUCUCUAUUCUUCAGCUCGGGGAUUGUCAAUCAAUGCAUCAUACGUGAGAGGGUCCUGAGAUACCUCAUGUCUGGACUAAAUGAAGAAGAAAGAGGUGGUGUAGAUUUAACUUUAUUCUAUGAUUUGGUGGGACCUCAAGCACCAACCCUGCAUAUGCCUCAAGAACCCCUCUUACCUUUUUAUGGGCGGACCUUUCUUGAUUCCGAGGCUCAGCCUUCUCUAGUCUCACUAAGUAGUGAAACUUUGUCUGAGAAACCUCUCUUUGCGGGGGAUGUGGGCCAUGUUUCAGAAAUUACUUAUGACCCGUAUCAUCCUGAUGACCGACUUUCAAUUGCCAGCUCUGGGACUGAGAUGGAGGAUAUACUUACUGCUCUUUCUAAGUUGUACUUGUCAAAGAACUCGAUUAAGUUGAAGAAGCAACAAAUGGUGGUCCCUUACUUUGAUAGGCGGACCAGAAAAGCACCAAGGAAUGAUAUUACUGGAUCACCUCCAAAGUUUGGAACUGUGAAGAGUUCUGAGAAAGGUAAGUAUAGGGCGACUUCGAAUAAAAAGAGCAAUAUGAAAGCUGCAAAAGAGCGGGACCUUUACAGAAAGAACUUGUUCCAUGCAUGCGAAAGCCUUCUCUCGUUGACCGUUGACAAGAAGCUACAUGGGAGAACUGCAAUCCUUUCACUUAAAAAAUCAGGUCCCGAACUGCCAAAGGCUCUCACACAGUUUUCUGCUAGCAUUGCUGGAACUGGUCUUGCUGUUCUCUUUUCAGUUGUCUGCAAAGUAGCCUGUGCUAGGGUGCCCUUCAGUGCAUCCAAACUCCUGAACACCGGGUUGGGUAUUGGACUUGUUUGGCUUUCUUGGGCGGUAAAUAGAUUGGGAGACACUGUUAUUUCGAUCAAGAAUUCAAACAAGUUGGAUGUGAGAGAGGAGGAGAUUAUGAAUAAGUUGGACAAAAGCUUAAAGGACAUAUACUUCCGAGCUGCUGCUAUAAUGACCGUGGCUGUUCUUAGGCUCGUAUGAGUUCGAUUUGGAAGUUCUUAGAAGUCCAGUCAGUCCAGUUUAUCGAAGGAAUUAGCAGGGACCAACUUCGUUGCUCUUUACCUGAAACAAUGUAAAUCCGCAUCUAAUCAUUCAACUAAAUUUUGCAGUUUGCUCGUCAUGUGUAACACUAGGGAAAAGGACAUUGCAUCAUGUAUAUGGAACUUUUUGGGCUCCUCGUCUAUCCUGGCUUUCAAGAUUUUGGAUGCGUAGUUGCUUCUUAUUUUGACAGUUGUAAUAGUAUGUCUUGUCUCGCAAGGGAAUGGAUAAUUGAAUACUCGUUUGAAGAUCAGAAGACUAAGUCCCUUUUUUGAAGAAAAAAAUUUAACUG